AUGGGGAAUUCCCCGUGUCUCUCAGUCCCAGUGGCUGGGAGAGAGGGACAGACGGGGGAUUCCGAUGGCGAUGGGCGACAUUAUUUCACUGGAUUCUUGCCAUUUGUGUUGGAGUGGGCUUCUGUUCCGCCUGGCCCCAUCAGGCCCUCUCAUAUCCAGGUCUAGUUGUUACAGGAGCAGUAGAGGCUACGUCCCAAAUGGCACCCUACUCCCUAUAUACAGUGGGGGAAAAAGUAUUUAGUCAGCCACCAAUUGUGCAAGUUCUCCCACUUAAAAAGAUGAGAGAGGCCUGUAAUUUUCAUCAUAGGUACACGUCAACUAUGACAGACAAAAUGAGAAAAAAAAUCCAGAAAAUCACAUUGUAGGAUUUAUAAUGAAUUUAUUUGCAAAUUAUGGUGGAAAAUAAGUAUUUGGUCAAUAACAAAAGUUUCUCAAUACUUUGUUAUAUACCCUUUGUUGGCAAUGACACAGGUCAAACGUUUUCUGUAAGUCUUCACAAGGUUUUCACACACUGUUGCUGGUAUUUUGGCCCAUUCCUCCAUGCAGAUCUCCUCUAGAGCAGUGAUGUUUUGGGGCUGUCGCUGGGCAACACAGACUUUCAACUCCCUCCAAAGAUUUUCUAUGGGGUUGAGAUCUGGAGACUGGCUAGGCCACUCCAGGACCUUGAAAUGCUUCUUACGAAGCCACUCCUUCAUUGCCCGGGCGGUGUGUUUGGGAUCAUUGUCAUGCUGAAAGACCCAGCCACGUUUCAUCUUCAAUGCCCUUGCUGAUGGAAGGAGGUUUUCACUCAAAAUCUCACGAUACAUGGCCCCAUUCAUUCUUUCCUUUACACGGAUCAGUCGUCCUGGUCCCUUUGCAGAAAAACAGCCCCAAAGCAUGAUGUUUCCACCCCCAUGCUUCACAGUAGGUAUGGUGUUCUUUGGAUGCAACUCAGCAUUCUUUGUCCUCCAAACACGACGAGUUGAGUUUUUACCAAAAAGUUAUAUUUUGGUUUCAUCUGACCAAAUGACAUUCUCCCAAUCCUCUUCUGGAUCAUCCAAAUGCACUCUAGCAAACUUCAGACGGGCCUGGACAUGUACUGGCUUAAGCAGGGGGGACACGUCUAGCACUGCAGGAUUUGAGUCCCUGGCGGCGUAGUGUGUUACUGAUGGUAGGCUUUGUUACUUUGGUCCCAGCUCUCUGCAGGUCAUUCACUAGGUCCCCCCGUGUGGUUCUGGGAUUUUUGCUCACCGUUCUUGUGAUCAUUUUGACCCCACGGGGUGAGAUCUUGCGUGGAGCCCCAGAUCGAGGGAGAUUAUCAGUGGUCUUGUAUGUCUUCCAUUUCCUAAUAAUUGCUCCCACAGUUGAUUUCUUCAAACCAAGCUGCUUACCUAUUGCAGAUUCAGUCUUCCCAGCCUGGUGCAGGUCUACAAUUUUGUUUCUUGUGUCCUUUGACAGCUCUUUGGUCUUGGCCAUAGUGGAGUUUGGAGUGUGACUGUUUGAGGUUGUGGACAGGUGUCUUUUAUACUGAUAACAAGUUCAAACAGGUGCCAUUAAUACAGGUAACGAGUGGAGGUUGAGGAGCCUCUUAAAUAAUAAGUUACAGGUCUGUGAGAGCCAGAAAUCUUGCUUGUUUGUAGGUGACCAAAUACUUAUUUUCCACUAUAAUUUGCAAAUAAAUUCAUAAAAAAUCCUACAAUGUGAUUUUCUGGAGAAAAUCAAUUUGUCUGUCAUAGUUGACGUGUACCUAUGAUGAAAAUUACAGGCCUCUCUCAUCUUUUUAAGUGGGAGAACUUGCACAAUUGGUGGCUGACUAAAUACUUUUUUUCCCCACUGUAGUGCACUGCCCUACAGGCCCUGGACAGAAUUAGUGCACUAUAAAGGGAGUAGGGUCCCAUUUAUGACGAAGCGUGAGCCGGUGGGUAUUAUUAGAGCAGUAAGUCAGACCCCAGCUAGCUUCAUUGUCACUUUCUGUUUUCUUUCUCCUGAUGAGUCACUCCCUCCAUCCUCCAUUGUCGCUACUCUCCACUCAAAUCUCCUCUUUCUUUCUCUCUUCCUCCUUUGUCUUCAUUAUUCUCCCCAUUAUUCUGUUGUUGAAUCUCUGUCUUCUUUUGGUGGAUUAAGAUUUUUCAAUUAAAUCUAAUUCUAGUCUGAAAGGGCAUAAAGCCUCAUUGAUUUGCUGUCUCCUUAAGGAUUCCUGAGAGCUUCUCUGGACCGUGUCGCUGAAAUACAUUUGGUCUGUAAAGUCUGUCUCCAACAAGUUAUUGGACAUCGUAAUAAAUCCGUCAACUAAGUCAGUAUGUGGUUACCGACAACCAACCUUGCUAUAUCCCACAGUCAAUCCUAAUCCUAACUCCAUGUGAACAAAAACAUAUUUUGAGUUGUGCAUUGAUGUCAAUGGGAGCUCUAGUUCUCAAAUUCUAGUUCUAGCUCUCAAAUUAAGAUUCAGCCCUUUAAUGUCCUGUCAAAUGAUGGGCAACCUUGCGUCCUACAGAAAAAUAAACUGUACUCUAUGUGUUUUGUUCUGCAGGUCAUUGUGGGAAGACGUUUGCCAUCUUGGAGAGGUAUGUCAGCGAUGCGGUGCCAAAGACGAGCUGGCUGCUGGUGGUGGAUGAUGACACACUCAUCAGGUAAAGCUGUCAGUACACAGACACAGACACGUACACACACACACGUACACACACACACACAGACACUAAGGCUGAUGGUGUGUUUGAGUGAUAGUUCCUCCAAAAUGUGUGUAUUCACUUAUGCCAAAACCCCUGAUGCAGUGAAAAAGCUGUCAAAUAAAAAAGUUGAAAGAGCUCUUCAAGACUGCCUCUUGAGGGCAAAGUCAGCAAACUGAUAAUUUUGUAUUUAGUGCGGAAUUUACCGGAUGUAGAGAGCAGUGGCGUCAGAAUUUAAUUGGGGGGUUUUGAUUAGGAAUAUCCUAGCUGUUGUACCCGUGUGUGUGUAUUGUGUGUGUGUGUGCAUUGUUUGUGUGCAUGCGUGAAUGGUUCAUGCAUGCACACGUGUGUGUUUGUUUGCACAUGUACCUGAUGAGUGUGUGCCCUCCCCAGCCUGCCCAGACUGCAGAUGCUGCUGAGCUGUUAUGACCCCUCUGAACCGGUGUGUCUAGGGGAGAGGUACGGCUACGGGCUGAGCCAGGGAGGCUACAGCUACAUCACCGGAGGAGGGGGGUGAGUCCCUUACAACAUCCCAAAAGGCAACCUAUUCCCUACACUACUUUUGGCCCUGGUCAUAGGGUGCCUUUUGGAACUCAGCUAACAUCUCUGACACAGACAUUUUGGAUGCAGCAAUUGAUGUUAAUUAAGACAGAGGCUGUACUUUAGAGCAGUGGUCUUCAAGGACCCCCAACUCGAGGUCUUCAUGGCUCCAACAGACCCGACCAAGGACCCGAGCGGAUCCAGGUCCUAAAUUCUCACUUUUGUCUCGGAUCUGGGUCAGGUCUGAUGUAACUGCCACGUGUCUCGGUAUGUGCAAUUAAAACAGAUUUACCGACUGGACCUGAUUGGACCUGCCCUCUGAUAAUUUAAUGUGUGAGGUGAUGAGAACUGCGCAAGCUUGUUGUCUGUGUCAGCCAACUGCAACUCAAUAAAACGUAUAGCUCAUGUCCAGCUGAAACUGGUUCCUGCCGCUCACCUCACGUGCGCCUGCUGCUGAGGAGAGAGAGUAAGAGGAGCCUUGGCCUAUAGGCUACUCUUGAUUGCACAGAUGGAGGCCUUUUUCACUGAAGUAAAACGGAAGAUAGAGGAGAAAGAUUAUUGUGAAAAGAAGUCGACAAGGGGAAUGGACAAAGGUGAGAAGAACAUUGGCAUUGGACUGUGCAACUCGCUAUUCAGGUUCGAUGCAAUUUUCUAACAUUUAUUUAUUUAUUUUUGUAUUUAUAAUAAUUUAUCAUUAUUGUAUAUCAUUAUUCUUAUUAUUGUAGGCCUAUUUAAGAAUCUAAACCAGUUCUUUAAAUAUGCAGUGUUUUAAUUCAUUUUGUUGAGGCAUUUUCGUUGGAUAAAUUAAGUUUGAACUGUCUUUUUGAUUUUGUGCUCUGUAUUUAUACUGAACAAAAAAUAUAAACGCAACAUGCAACAAUUUCAAAGACUUUACUGAGUUAAAGUUCAUAUAGGUGGCACGUUCGUUUAAGGACGGGUCAGACCAAGGCGCAGCGUGAAAGGCAUACAUGUUUAUUUCACCAAUAAACACACGAACAAAACAACAAACGAAACGUGAAGUCCUAAGGCUAAACACAAUACAAGCCUCUAACAAGGAACAAGAUCCCACAACAACUGAAUGCAAACAGGCUGCCUAAGUAUGAUCCCCAAUCAGAGACAACGAGCGACAGCUGUCUCUGAUUGGGAAUCACACCCGGCCAAACAUAGAAAUACAACACCUAGACUGAGAACAUAGAAAAUACAACAUAGAACACCACACCCUGACUCAACAUACAAGAGUCCCUUGAGUCAGGGCGUGACAGUACCCCCCCCAAAGGUGCGGACUCCGACCGUACAAACCUGACAUAACAGGGUAGGGCCCGGGUGGGCAUUCCGCCUCGGAGGCGGAUCCGGCUCCGGGCGUGAUGACCACAUUCUCUCAGCCUCCCCGUUGCGCCCCUGGUCUGGUCUGGACCUCGGCGCGCUGCUUCCCCUCUCCUUCCUCCCACGACGUACCAAGCCCUGUCUGGACCCUGGUGUGGGAGACCCCGAACCUGGAGAGGGGCUGACGUCUGGGUCUGGACUGGAGCCGCUGACCGGAGCUGAACUGGGCACCGGUGGAGCGGACUGCUCUGGCUCCGGACUGGAGCCGCUGACCGGAGCUGGACUAGACACCGGUGGAGCGGACUGCUCUCGCUCCGGAAUGGAGCUGCUGACCGGAGCUGGACUAGGCACCGGUGGAGCGGACUACUCUGGCUCCGGAGUGGAGCAGCUGACCGGCACCGGUGGAACAGGCACGGGCCGUGCCGGACUGGACACACGCACCACUGGCUUGGUGCGGGGAGCAGGCACGGGCCGGGCCGGACUGGGAACACGCACCACUGGCUUGGUGCGGGGAGCAGGAACGGGCCGGGUCGGACUGGGAACACGCACCACUGGCUUGGUGCGGGGAGCAGGGACGGGCCGGGCCGGACUGGGAACACGCACCACUGGCUUGGUGCGGGGAGCAGGAACGGGCCGGGCCGGACUGGGAACACGCACCACUGGCUUGGUGCGGGGAGCAGGAACGGGCCGGGCUGGGAACACGCACCACUGGCUUGGUGCGGGGAUCAGGAACGGGCCGGGCUAGCGAUACGCACCACUGGCAUCCCAGCCUGAAUCUCCUCCCAUGUCCAGGAUCCCUUUCCGUCCAGGAUCUCCUCCCAUGUCCAGGAUGUCUGCUCCUGGGCACGCUGCUUGGUCCAUUUUUGGUGGGAUCUUCUGUCACGUUCGUUUAAGGACGGGUCAGACCAAGGCGCAGCGUGAAAGGCAUACAUGUUUAUUUCACCAAUAAACUUACGAACAAAACAACGACACGUGAAGUCCUAAGGCUAAACACAAUACAAGCCUCUAACACGGAACAAGAUCCCACAACAACUGAAUGCAAACAGGCUGUCUAAGUAUGAUCCCCAAUCAGAGAUAACGAGCGACAGCUGUCUCUGAUUGGGAAUCACACCCGGCCAAACAUAGAAAUACAACACCUAGACUGAGAACAUAGAAAAUACAACAUAGAACUCCACACCCUGACUCAACAUACAAGAGUCCCAUGAGUCAGGGCGUGACAAUAAGGAAAUCAAUCAAUUGAAAUAAAUUAAUUAGGCAGUAAUCUAUGGAUUUCACAUGACUGACUUGGGAGCCAGGCCCACCCACUUGGGAGCCAGGUCCAGCCAAUGAGAAUGAGUUUUUCCCCACAAAAGGGCUUUAUUACAGAUAGAAAUACUCCUCAGUUUCAUCAGCUGUCCGGGUGGCUAGUUUCAGAUGAAGAAGCCGGAUGUGGAGGUCCUGGGCUGGCGUGGAUACACGUGGUCUGCGGUUGUGAGGCUUGUUGGACGUACUGCCAAAUUCUCAAAAAUGACAUUAGAGGCGGCGUAUGGUAGAGAAAAUAACAUUAAAUUAUUUGGCAACAGCUCUGGUGGACAUUCCUGCAGUCAGCAUGCCAAUUGUACGCGCCCUCAAAACUUGAGACAUCUGUGGCAUUGUGUUGUGUGACAAAACUGCACAUUUUAGAGUGGCUUUUUAUUGUCCCCAGUACAAGGUGCACCUGUGUAAUGAUCAUGCUGUUUAAUCAGCUUCUUGAUAUGCCACACCUGUCAGGUGGGUGGAUUAUCUUGGCAAAGGAGAAAUGCUCACUAACAGGGAUGUAAACAAAUUUGUGCACAAAAUUUGAGAUAAAUAAGCUUUUUGUGCUUAUGGAACAUUUCUGGGAUCUUUUAUUUCAGCUCAUGAAACAUUGGACCAACACUUUACAUGUUGCGCUUAUAUUUUUGUUCAGUAUAGUUUAAGAUAAGUUACAAGUCUGUUGUAAAAUAAACAUAAUUAGCCUACAGAGCUUGCCAGCUUGUCCUAAAACCCGGAAAUGAGUUCUGGUUCGUUCAGCCUUUCAUAAGGGGAAAAUUAAUGGGAAAAUAGUAGGGUUUUGGGAUAAAUGCCGAAAAUAAGGUCUGAGGUUAACACAGGCUUAGGAAAUCUUAUACAGUGCAUUGGCCAAUACAUGGCAUAUGCAAUCCAGGCUUUAUAUAGUGCCUUCGGAAAGUAUUCAGACCCCUUGACUUUUUCCACAUUUUGUUACGUUACAGCCUUAUUCUAAAAUGGAUUACAUUAAAACAAAAUCCUCCUCAAUAUACACACAAAACCCCAUAAUGACAAAGCAAAACCGUUUUUUUUGCAAAUGUAUAAAAAAAACUAAAAAACAUAUACCUUAUUUACAUAAGUAUUCGGACCCUUUGCUAUGAGAUUCGAAAUUGAGCUCAGGUUCAUCCUGUUUCCAUUGAUCAUCCUUAAGAUGUUUCGACAACUUGAUUGGAGUCCACCUGUGGUAAAUUCAAUUGUGUCGAGGCACAGAUCUGGGGAAGGGUACCAAAACAUUUCUGCACGAUUGAAGGUCCCCAAGAACACAGUGGCCUCCAUCAUUCUUAAAUGGAAGAAAUUCGGAACCACCAAGACUCUUUCUAGAGCUGGCCGCCCGGCCAAACUGAGCAAUCGGGGGAGAAGGGCCUUGGUCAGGGAGUUGACCAAGAACCCGAUGGUCACUCUGGCAGAGCUCCAGAGUUCCUCUGUGGAGAUGGGAGAACCUUCCAGAAGGACAACCAUCUCAGCAGCACUCCACCAAUCAGGCCUUUAUGGUAGAGUGGCCAGAUUGAAGCCAAUCCUCAGUAAAAGGCACAUGACAGCCCGCUUGGAGUUUGCCAAAAGGCACCUAAAUAACUCUCAGACCAUGAGAAACAAGAUUCUCUGGUCUGAUGAAACCAAGAUUGAACUCUUUGGCCUGAAUGCCAAGCGUCACAUCUGGAAGAAACCUGGCACCAUCCCUAUGGUGAAGCAUGGUGGUGGCAGCAUCAUGCUGUGGGGAUGUUUUUCAGCGGCAGGGGCUGGGAGACUAGUCAGGAUCGCGGGAAAGAUGAACGGAGCAAAGUACAGAGAGAUCCUUGAUGAAAACCUGCUCCAGAGUGCUCAGGACCUCAGACUUGGGGCGAAGGUUCACCUUCCAACAGGACAACGACCCUAAGCACACAGCCAAGACAACGCAGGAGUGGCUUCGGGACAAGUCUCUGAAUGUCCUUGAGUGGCCCAGCCAGAGCCCGGACUUGAACCUGAUCGAACAUCUCUGGAGAGAUGUGAAAAUAGCUGUGCAGUGACACUCCCCAUCCAUCCUGACAUAGCUUGAGAGGAUCUGCAGAGAGAAAUGGGAGAAACUCCCCGAAUACAGGUGUGCCAAGCUUGUAGCGUCAUACCCAAGAAGACUUGAGGCUGUUAUUUAUUUUCGCAAAGUUAUAAUCAUCGUAAUUGACAUGGGCUACAUUUCCAGUCUAAUCAUUUUAUUUCAGUUGUAAUAUUUCACAUUCUUGAUGUCAGAUCAGCUGGUCUAGUAGUUUUAUUGAACCGUUUUUUCGUUGCAACCAGAGUUAUUUUAGCUCGGAGCUCCGUGUAAUUUCCCAUUUAGUAGCGUGUUAAGAGAUCCAGCCGUAACCUGCAGGUAACACUUAGGUUCCGUAUCUUCGUUGCAAGCAGGCCAUUCAUUCUUAUUUGUGGGAUGUGUGUGUACACAACAUAUGAAAUUAACCAGACUACUAUGCGAAGGGUCAAACUUUAAUGUGUGUUGGUGUGUGUGCUUGUGUUGUGUCCUGUCAGGAUGGUGUUCAGUAGGGCCGCGGUGGUGAGGCUCCUGGCCAGUGACUGCAAGUGUUACAGUAAUGAUGCCCCUGAUGACAUGGUGCUGGGAAUGUGUCUCAACGCUCUGGGGCUCCCUGUCACACAUAGCUCCCUCUUCCACCAGGUAAUACGCUGGCCUUACCCAUUACCCUUAUGCCAGGAACCCACAGUUUGGAAUUUUAUUGGCACAAUUCAUGUGUCACAUACUAUUUUCAUGAUCGUUAUUUUCGUACACGAAAAAUGGGAGCUCCGGAGUCGCUCAGUGUGGCAGGGUCAACAAUAGCCGAAUUACUGCACUUGUGAUCUCCCGACAACACUAAAUCGUCUAGCAUGUCAGAAUUUCCUGUCGUAGCUCUGCACUUUUCGUGCUGUGUGAAGAUUCCACGGCAAUAGGAACGCUGCAUGCUGGCAUGCACUGUAGAAAAGAUGAAGCAAUUGGUUCAUCUUUCUACACAGCGUGUUAUCUAACAUUUUCUACAUGCAAAAUGACAAUUUCUAAGUAUUAUGGAGUGAAAAUAUCCAAAUCCGAUUUUAUUAACCACAUUGUAGGCAUACUAGAACACAGAUUAUGGCAGAUUUGACAAAUAAGCACUUUCUGAUAUCUGCUAUUUUGAAUGACAAAUUCAAAUCAAAGCAAAUUGAACUUCAUUUAUAGAAGUGGUAAAGUGAGAACACCCUUCAGAUAGCAAAUCUUCAAGAUGUAUUAGCUGUUAUGUCGUACAGUGGAGCACAUCCACUGCACGACAUAACAAAGUUUGGAAGAUCAAAAAACGCACUGUGGGAGAGAGCCAUUACCUUAUGCCUUUUUAUCCAUUACCCUUACCUCAUACCAAUUACCCUAACCCAUUACCCUUUUCGAAUAAGUUACCUAAGACCUAAUACUCUUUACCCAUUAUUCUUACCUAAUAAUACCAACAUUUACACAGUACGUCAAUUUCACAGUUCAACAAUAGUUGUUGUAGCAAGGCUCAGGUAACAAAGAUACUAGUCUUUGAUAUCCCUCCUUAGUUUCCUCCAUACAUUCUCCUCAGCCCCUAGGGGACUGGUUCUCUGAUUGUACCAGUGUAUUUAACAGCCCUGUUUAAAAGUAGCUAUCUGGAGUGCAGUCUCCGGUGGCUGACGGUAAUGGAAGGAAUAGUUCACCCAAAUUACAAAAUGGCAUAUUGGUUUCCUUGCCCUGUAAGCAGUCUAUGGACAAGCUAAGAGAGCAAUCCAUGCUUUGGUUUUGUUUACUAGCCACUAUCUCCAAAUGCUAACUUUUUAGCAUUGGUGACACAAAACCAAUGCAAGUCAAUAUCCUCGAUAUUAGCAUUUAAAUAAUUGUUCUGUCCCUCCAGGCUCGACCUGAAGACUACUCCAGAGACUUCCUAGCCCACCAGGUGCCCAUCUCCUUCCACAAACACUGGAACAUCGACCCCGUCGCCGUCUUCAACAGGUGGCUAAAGGACGAAUCGAAGUCAACAACCCCACACGGACUAAACAAGAGCACCAAGGAAGAGUUAUAG